GGACCAAUUUUUCGAUUGUAGUUAUCAGUUUAGUUCAACAAACAAUAUGAGCCAGGAGCAACGAGAAGAGCCGAUCAAAUACGGCGACGUUUUUGAAGUCUCGGAUGAGCUAGGUUCCUUGCCUAUCAAGCCAAAGGAUGCGACUGCCAUGCAGGCAGCCGAGAAUUUGGCGCUAGGAGGAACGCCCAAGGGCGGUCCUGCCUCCGUCAUGCAAUCGGCUGCUGAUAUUAAUCAGCAGCACGGUGUCGUUGGUCACGAUGAUGUGACCAACGUCGCUAGAAAUGAAGGUGUUACUGUGUCGGUUGGUCAUCGUGAUGGGCAUAGAAUCAUCACCGAGUUGGUUGGCGGAGAGGUGGUGGGACAAUAUGAAAAACCAGAAAGUGGUAAAAAGGCGCCAGGGGGUGAAGCAAUUACUAUAGGGGAGGCCCUGGAAUCGGCUGCCUUGUCAGCUGGGUUUAAAUCGGUUGAUCAAAGUGAUGCAGCGGCGAUACAGGCUGCGGAGUGUAGAGCAAGUGGCGGCGUUAUCAAACCGGGCGGGGUAGCGGCGGCAGCUCAGUCAGCUGCUGAUCUUAAUGCCCGCACCAUGAAUCUUGAGCACAAGGCAAGGCUUGGUGAUAUUCUCUCGGAUGCGACGGCAAAGCUGGAACACGAUAAGAUAGUGACGAAGGAAGAUGCAGAGGGGGUAGCCGGUGCAGAGCUGAGGAAUAAUCCGGCAAUGGUAACGCACCCUGGUGGCGUUUCAGAUUCACUAGCUGCCGCUGCAAAGCUCAACCGAGACACCUAGCUAGUUAAGAUGACACAUAAGUUUAUUUGGCAUGUGUAAUAAAUGUAUAUGUACAUUUGUUUUUUUUCUCAGAGAUGUUCUUGUGUAAGUUGUGUUUUUGCAAUUGUAUGUGAGCUCAGAAUCGUUAUUA